CUAUUCUCAACCCCAAAGCUCCAAAAGAACCAGCAAAGACAUUCAGUUUUGACUAUUCCUACUGGUCACACACUUCGCCCGAUGACCCUUGCUUUGCGUCACAAGACCGUGUAUAUAAUGACAUUGGAAAGGAAAUGCUGGAGCAUGCCUUCGAAGGCUACAAUGUCUGCAUCUUUGCUUAUGGCCAGACUGGUGCUGGCAAAUCCUACACCAUGAUGGGCAAAGAGGGGCAGGAAGGAAUCAUCCCCAUGCUCUGUGAAGAUCUAUUUGAGAAAAUCAGUUUAGACAACAACAAAGAAGAGCUCUCCUACUCAGUUGAGGUCAGUUACAUGGAGAUCUACUGUGAGCGGGUCCGGGACUUGCUCAAUCCCAAAAACAAAGGGAACUUGCGAGUGCGUGAACACCCCCUUCUUGGCCCCUAUGUUGAGGACCUGUCCAAACUUGCCGUCACCUCCUACACAGACAUUGCAGAUCUUAUGGAUGCAGGAAACAAAGCCAGGACUGUGGCAGCCACCAACAUGAAUGAAACCAGCAGCAGGUCACAUGCAGUGUUCACCAUUGUCUUCACACAGAGGAAACACGACAACGAGACGGACCUCUCCACAGAGAAGGUCAGCAAAAUCAGUCUAGUAGAUUUGGCAGGAAGUGAACGUGCAGACUCCACUGGCGCUAAAGGGACCAGGCUAAAGGAAGGAGCAAACAUCAACAAGUCUCUGACCACGUUAGGAAAAGUCAUAUCUGCUCUGGCUGAAGUGGAUAACUGUACCAGCAAGAGUAAGAAAAAGAAGAAGACGGACUUCAUACCAUACCGAGACUCUGUUUUGACAUGGCUUCUAAGGGAGAACUUGGGUGGAAACUCCAGGACGGCUAUGGUCGCUGCUCUGAGUCCUGCUGAUAUCAACUAUGAUGAGACCCUCAGUACUCUCCGCUAUGCCGAUAGGGCCAAGAACAUCAAAUGCAAUGCUGUCAUCAACGAGGAUCCCAACAACAAGCUGGUGCGUGACCUCAAGGAUGAAGUGGCUCGUCUGAAGGAGCUGCUGCGUGCACAGGGCCUGGGAGACAUCCUCGACACACCCAUUGGUUCUCUGACAGCCUCUCCGUCCCUGGGCUCGCUCUGCUCUCAAGGCCUGCAGUCCGUCUCAAGCAUCCAAGAGCGCAUCAUGUCCACACCCGGAGGAGAGGAGGCCAUUGAGAGACUCAAGGAAUCGGAAAAGAUCAUUGCUGAGCUGAAUGAGACCUGGGAGGAGAAACUGCGUAAAACUGAAGCAAUCCGAAUGGAAAGAGAGGCCUUACUGGCAGAAAUGGGUGUUGCGAUCCGUGAAGAUGGUGGCACUUUGGGCGUCUUCUCUCCUAAAAAGACUCCACACCUGGUUAACUUGAACGAGGACCCGCUCAUGUCAGAGUGUCUGCUCUACUACAUCAAAGACGGCAUCACAAGGGUGGGCCAAGCAGAUGCUGAAAGGCGACAGGACAUUGUUUUGAGUGGAGCUCAUAUCAAAGAGGAGCACUGCAUUUUUCGCAGUGAGAGAAAUGCCAAUGGAGACGUGGUGGUCUUGUUGGUGCCUUGUGAGGGAUCAGAAACAUACGUCAAUGGAAAACGUGUUGAGGAUGCGAUCCAGCUCCGCUCAGGUAACCGCAUAAUCAUGGGCAAGAACCACGUUUUCCGGUUCAACCACCCAGAGCAGGCGCGUGCCGAGAGGGAGAAGACGCCCUCCGCUGAGACUCCUGUGGAGCCUGUGGACUGGACCUUUGCCCAGAGGGAACUCCUGGAGAAACAGGGCAUCGACAUGAAGCAGGAAAUGGAGAAAAGGCUGACUGAAAUGGAGAUACUGUACAAAAAAGAGAAAGAGGAAGCAGAUCAGCUCCUGGAACAACAGAGACUGGUUUAUGAGAGCAAACUGCAGGAGCUUCAGAAACAGGUGGAGACACGCUCACUGGUUGCUGAGACACCUGACGAAGAUGAUUUGGAAGACGAGGAGGAAGAAGAAGUGCCGUGGACCCAGCAUGAGUAUGAACUGGCACAGUGGGCCUUCAGGAAGUGGAGAUAUCACCAGUUUACCUCCCUUCGAGACCAGCUCUGGGGCAACGCAGUCUAUCUCAAAGAGGCCAAUGCAAUCAGUGUGGAGCUAAAGAAAAAGGUACAGUUCCAGUUUGUGUUGCUGACGGAUACGCUGUACUCCCCUCUGCCUCCGGAGCUGCUGCCCCCUGAACCAGAGAAGGACCGUGACCCUCGACCUUUCCCCCGAACCGUUGUGGCUGUGGAAGUGCAAGACCUCAAGAAUGGGGCUACACACUACUGGUCCCUUGAAAAACUUAAACAGCGGCUGGACCAGAUGAGGGAAAUGUACGAUCGUGCUGGAGAAAUGGCCUCCACUCACCAGGACGAUGCAGAGGGUGCGCUCACAGGCAAUGACCCCUUCUACGACCGCUUCCACUGGUUCAAACAGAUUGGCAGCAGUUCGCCCAUUUUCAAUGGCUGUGUGAAUGAGCGCCUGGCUGACCGCACUCCGUCACCUACCUUCUCCACAACGGACUCUGAGAUCACGGAGCUGGCAGACGAGCGUCAGAGCGAGAUGUCAGACCUGAUGGAUGACGAGGCGUUUGUGGACGACACAAGCUCAGAUGCCGGGACAGAGGAGGGCUCGGACAUCUUUAGUGACGGACAGGACCCCUUCUACGACCGCUCCCCCUGGUUCAUCCUGGUGGGAAGGGCCUUCGUGUAUCUGAGUAACCUGCUGUACCCGGUGCCACUGGUGCACCGCGUUGCCGUAGUAACGGAGAAGGGUGAGGUGCGCGGUUUCCUGCGUGUGGGGGUCCAGGCCAUAGCUGCUGACGAGGAGGCACCUGACUAUGGGUCUGGAGUGAGACAGUCUGGAACAGCCAAAAUCUCUUUUGAUGAUGAGUAUUUCAAAAAGAAUGAUUUCCCAUCCACGGUUAUGACCCGGUCUGGGAUGUCCCUGGAGGAGCUGCGCAUCGUGGAGGGACAAGGCCAGAGUUCAGAGGUCAACACACCCUCAGAGGAGCUCAACCGAAUCAAUGACAUGGAUCUGAAGCUGAGGAACAUGGCUGACCCCAAGUUGAGUGAAGGUCUGGCAGGGCAGCUGGAGGUGGGCAGUAUCUUUACUUUCAGAGUCACUGUGCUGCAGGCCAGUGGCAUCCCACCGGAGUAUGCUGACAUCUUCUGCCAGUUCAAUUUCUUGCACCGCCAUGAUGAAGCCUUUUCUACAGAGCCAUUGAAGAACACAGGCAAAGGCGCCCCGCUGGGCUUUUACCAUGUUCAAAAUAUCUCUGUUGAGGUGACCGAGUCCUUCAUAGAAUACAUCAAAACCAAGCCCAUUGUGUUUGAAGUGUUUGGACAUUAUCAGCAGCAUCCACUGCAUGUUCAUGGUCAGGACAUAAUCAGUCCUCCCACUCCUUCAAGAAAAUAUUACCCAAUUCCCAUGCCUCUGUCUAAACCAGUUCCAGCCACAAAGCUGAACACCUUCACCAAGUCCUACCUGGGUCAGAGCAUCAGCAAGUACGACCUGCUAGUGUGGUUUGAGAUCAGCGAACUUGAGCCCACUGGAGAGUACAUCCCAGCUGUUGUCGAUCACAGUGGAGGACUGCCCUGUCAUGGCACUUACUUGCUUCAUCAGGGGAUCCAGCGCAGGAUCACAGUGACUCUCAUCCACGAGAAAGGCAGCGAACUGCACUGGAAGGAUGUCCGUGAACUGGUCGUGGGUCGGAUCCGAAACAAAGCUGAAGUGGAUGAGACUGCCGCAGACGCUGUCCUGUCUCUCAACAUCAUUUCUGCAAAAAACAUCAAAUCCUCUCACAACUCCAAUAGGACCUUCUAUCGCUUUGAGGCAGUGUGGGACAGCUCCCUUCACAACUCCCUCCUCCUAAAUAGAGUGACACCAUAUGGAGAGAAAAUCUAUAUGACACUUUCAGCCUAUCUGGAGCUCGACCACUGUAUUCAACCAGCAAUCAUCACCAAAGAUAUCUGCAUGGUCUUCUACUCCAGAGACGCAAAGAUCUCCCCUCCACGGUCACUCCGAAAUCUGUUUGGAAGUGGGUACUCAAAAACUCCGGACUGCAACAGAGUGACUGGCAUCUAUGAGCUGAGCUUGUGUAAAAUGUCUGACACAGGAAGUCCUGGGAUGCAGCGCAGACGGAGAAAGGUUCUGGACACUUCUGUGGCAUAUGUCCGAGGAGAGGAGAAUCUGGCUGGGUGGAGGCCCAGAGGAGAUAGCUUGAUCCUGGAGCACCAGUGGGAGCUGGAGAAGAUGGAGCAGUUACAUGAGGUGGAAAAGACUCGUCACCUGCUCCUCCUCAGGGAGAAACUGGGUGAUGCAGCUCCAAUGGGACCAGCCCCGACCACAAAGUCCCUGAGCGACCUGUCACCCAGCAUGAGCUCGGGGACCCUCUCCACGUCCACCUCUAUUUCCUCUCAGAUCUCCAGCACUACCUUCGAGAGCGCCAUCACCCCCAGCGAGAGCAGCGGCUAUGACUCUGCUGAUAUUGAGAGCUUGGUGGAUCGUGAGAAGGAGCUGGCUACCAAGUGCCUGCGCCUCAUGACUCACACCUUUAACAGUGAAUACAACCAAGUGGUCAACAGCAUCAGUGACUGCAAGCUCUCGGAUCUCUCCCCACUUGGACGGGACCCUUCAGUGACCAGCCUGAGCAGUGCCACCCUCACCCCUUCCUCUACCUGCCCGUCCCUGGCUGACUCUCGCUGUAGCUCCAUGGACCAGAAGACCCCAGAAAAUAGCUCCAGAGCCACCAGCCCCUCCUGCUCAGAUUAUGAAAACUUCCCGAUGGUUCCUACUUUGGAGAUGUCAAUUUUGGCUCGGGCUGGAAAGCACGAGUUCCUCAACCUGGUGCCUGAUAUAGAAGAGAUGAGGCCGGGAUCUGUAGUGUCCAAGAAGGGUUUCCUAAGCUUCAUGGAGCCACGUUCUAACUCGUGGGUAAAGCACUUUGUGGUGGUGCGUCGGCCGUAUGUGUUCAUCUACAACAGUGACAAGGACCCAGUGGAGAGAGGGGUCCUGAACCUGUCCACAGCCCAAGUGGAGUACAGCGAAGACCAGCAGGCCAUGCUCAAGACUCCCAACACAUUUGCAGUGUGCACCAAACACAGAGGGAUCCUGCUGCAGGCCAACAAUGAGAAGGACAUGAAUGACUGGUUGUAUGCGUUUAACCCAUUGCUGGCAGGAACAAUACGGUCGAAGCUGGCCCGGCGGCGCAGUGGCCUCCCCAAGAACUAAGGCACGCAGGGAACAGUUCACUCUUCUGAAGCCUUUGAACUUACAAGUGUUACCACUUUACUAAUCAUUGUGAAUCUUGACGGUUUCUCUUGUCAGUAGACUUGUGGCUUAAGUCUCCUUUCAUGCGACAGUUUCAUGUCCCUCCCUCCAGCUCCUCCUCCCGCUCUGUGUUCUGUUUCUGACGAUGUUUGGGUUGAGUUUGUUCAGCUUCGUUGUCAUUCCCAAACCCCUGACUAGUAGCAUGUUGUAAUAGUCGACUUGUGUGUGCACGAUCCUUCAGAAGCUGUUCUUUCUGGCCAUCAACUUUGAGUUUGCCAAUCACAUGUACAAAUCGUCUAUCAGUGUUAUCUGUAGUUAAUUUAUCUUUUGUACAUUUAAGAGCCCAAACAUAACUGCAGAAGUCCUCAGGAGAAGACCCUGUUUGCUUACGCACCAAGACCUAGGGAAAAUAUUGAGUUCUAGUUUACUACUGCAGAAAGAAAGACUACAUCCACAAUUGCUGCUAAUGUCUUAAUGAUCAGAUCUGUAUCUCCUCAUGUAGUACAAACAAAAUUAACUAAUAUAGUUUCAAAUCAGAGGUUUAUGGGCAUUCUUUAUUGUCCAUUGUAACCUCUCCUCCUCUAUCUGUGCGCAUAGAGCCAACCUCAGUAGUGCUGUCAGUCAGUGAGUUCAUGCAUUUGCAACUUCAUGCAUUAGUGUUUGUACAAUGCGCGCCAACUGCAGAAACAUGCAAAAAAUACUAUUUGUAUCAAGAUAUUUGUUAUUUGUUGCAGCUUUUCUGCCAUUUUAAGUCAAAUAAAGAUUAAAAACAGGGUUCGGAGGAGAUGAGGAGGAGGACAGAUCGACUUGAGAGAUACUUGUACAUACAGUAAUUUCUGAAGUAGUGUGAAGUAGUCGCUUUAAUAAUGUAAGACAUUCCUCCCAGCUUAAAAAAUUACAAAUUCCUUUUCUAACAUCAAUGACUUGUGAUUACAGCGACAAAAUAUACCAGAAUGAAGGAAAGCUAUUUGGUCUUAAAGUUAGUACUGAUGACGCUGCUAGUUUGCAUCCUGCGGGACAGAUCUGUAUAGUACAUUUUGAAGUAGUGCGGAAGCACGCGACUGCUUUGUCCUCACUUGUGAAUUUUAACCAUUCAUCAUUCUGAUUUGAUUAUCGCUGUUUCUGUAUCAUGUUAUUAGUGAAGAUUUCUAUAUGGGACAUAAGAGAGGGCAUUUAUUUCUGUAUAAUUUCUAACUAGCUGUGAUGGUGUUUAACCUUAUUUUGCACAUUAACACUUAUCUAUAGCAAGAAUAGGUCAAUAAUGGUAAAAAUGGAGUAUCAGGAACUUUUGAGAGCUUUUAACAAGGCUACACUGGAUAGCUGUUUAUUGAAGGAAAAAAGAAGAUAUGUUUUAAGGGACAAGCUGUUCUCAAAGUUUUUAUUUAACUGAGGUGAAAAUGUUUGCUCUUGCAAUUUGAAGUCUAACCCACUGGUCCCUCUGUUUCUCAGUUAGGUUGAGCAAUGAUUGGUACAAGAUGGCGUUAUGAAACUCUGGCCAGCCAACCAGCAGUAUGUCAUCUGUACAAAUGAUAGUCAGAAUGAAGAAGCAGAUGGGCUUUUUAGUGGGCAACACUUUUUACUUGUUACAACUCACAUAAACAUUUAAAAUUGCACAGAAAUGGUUGGGACAUCUUCACAAAAUAAAGAGAGAAUUGGCAGUAUGGGGUUUUAAAUGCAAAAGACAUUAAAGGAAGAGUUGGUUAAGCUAACAUACUUAUACAAACCUUUUAAUAAGGCACAUUUACACUAAUUAAUAACCACUGCACCACAUUUGAGUGACUGAGUGAAAAUUCCACUAUUAGAAUACACUGUGCAUCCUUAGGUCUGCCAGCCUGUUGGACACAUAGACAAUUCACUUCUAUGCACUGAUACUUAAAACUGUACCUCGGAAUUAAGGUUACUACUUAGAGCAAAGAUUUUCACUCUUAUCUAUCAGAGGUGUAUAAUUUUGAACUGUGUAUUUAUUGUUUUGCAAUGUACAUAUUAGUUUGCAGCUCUUUGCACAAUAAGGAAAGGUUCAACUAACUGAUCAUACAUGAAGUGGUUACGUUGUUCUGCUCGGAUUGAACCAAAAGAAAGCAUGAAUGUAUUGAAAAUAUAAAAUGGUUAAAAAGUGAACAAAGAUGUGACCCGCUGUGUAUCUUAUGAAGACAGCCAGGUGACAUUAGUGCUUCCUUUUGGACAGAAUGUGGUUAAAAUGAUGGUUUAAAUGAAAUUCUAUAAAGGAAAUGCAUAUUCAUUCAUGCACACAGCCACUAAAAGGUUGAUUUUAUUUUUUCUAAUAUCAGGGAUAACACAUAGUAGCUAGUGAUAGUGCUUUCUUCACCUAACACUUUUCCGUUGAUGCCUUUUGAUCAAAACUAGCCAUGGAUUAAUAUUUCGUUUACCCCGAUAAUUAAAAUAACUUCACCAAAUGAACAAAAACAUUAACACUGUACAUUAUUUAUCAGACUGGUUUCAUUUUCAUACUUAUUUUGUAAAUAUCUGUGUUGUAUGGAGCUUGAAUUCAAAUGUAAAUAUGUUUUCUGUAUUUGUAAUAAUUAUAAUCCAUUCGCUGUAUAGCAUAGAUGUGUCAUGCAGAUAUCCUAAUUCUGUGUAUGGUAAUCUUGCACCAUUGAACUGUUUAGUGAAUGAGGCAACAAUAAAAGUGCAAACUGUGCAUUAG